UGAGCGUGAGUGUGUGUGUGUGUGUGUGAGUGAGAAAGUGACGAAUUACUUUUCAUCAAAUGGGAAAUAAUUUAGUUUGAAAACACGUAUCUAUCCAGAGCAGCUUAAAAAUUUCAGUUGUGACAAUAUUUAGACACUACGAGCUAAAUCGGUGCAGGAAAAACAACCCGAAAACACGACAACUACACCAGCGAAAUGGCGGAAGGCGGCAGCAAGCGCAUCAACGUGGUUGUAAAAACGCCAAAGGACAAGAAGACGGUCGAGGUUGACGAAGAUUCUGGAAUAAAAGAUUUCAAAAUUCUGGUUGCACAAAAGUUCGAGGCGGAGCCCGAGCAGCUAGUGCUCAUUUUUGCCGGCAAAAUUAUGAAGGACACGGACACGCUCAAAAUGCAUAACAUCAAGGACAAUCUCACGGUACACCUGGUGAUUAAGGCGCCCACGCGCAACAAUGAGGUCCCGGCCCGCCAACCGGCGGACGUGCGCCAGACGCCCUUCGGCCUGAAUCAGUUCGGUGGAUUGGCCGGAAUGGAGGCACUGGGCGCCGGGUCGAACACUUUUAUGGACCUGCAGGCGCGCAUGCAGAACGAGCUGCUCAACAAUGGUGACAUGCUGCGCUCCCUAAUGGACAACCCGCUGGUGCAGCAGAUGAUGAACAACCCGGACACCAUGCGUCAACUGAUCACAUCGAAUCCCCAGAUGCAGGACCUGAUGCAGCGGAACCCCGAGAUCUCGCACAUGCUCAACAAUCCCGACCUGUUGCGCCAGACGAUGGAGCUGGCCCGCAAUCCCUCGAUGCUGCAGGAACUGAUGCGAUCGCACGACCGGGCCAUGUCCAACCUGGAGUCGGUGCCGGGCGGCUACAGCGCCCUGCAGCGCAUCUACCGCGACAUUCAGGAGCCCAUGAUGAACGCGGCCACCGAGUCCUUUGGCCGUAACCCCUUUGCAGGGCUGGUGGACGGAGGUGGUGGGGCCGUAAUCAAUCCGCAGCAGGGCACCGAGAAUCGGAAUCCUCUGCCGAAUCCCUGGGGCGGCGGCGGGGCCAAUUCGGGAACGAACGGCACAGGCGCUGGAAGCGGCACUGGGACGGGCAAUCGGACAGGGGACCUGCCGCCGAACAACGUUCUGAACACGCCGGCCAUGCGGAGCCUGCUUCAGCAGAUGGCCGACAACCCGGCCAUGAUGCAGAACCUGCUUAACGCGCCGUACACGCGCUCCAUGAUGGAGUCCAUGUCGCAGGACCCGGACAUGGCCUCGCGCCUGCUCAGUAGCAGCCCGCUUCUGUCAAACAAUCCCGCCCUGCAGGAGCAGGUGCGUCAGAUGAUGCCGCAGUUCAUGGCCCAGAUGCAAAACCCUGAAGUGAUGAGCAUGCUGACCAACCCGGACGCGAUGAACGCCAUCCUGCAGAUCCAGCAGGGCAUGGAGCAGUUACGCAGCGCGGCCCCAGGUCUCGUUGGCACCCUUGGCAUUCCUCCGCCGCCGCCGGGCGUCAACUCUGCCACGGAUCCAGCCAGUGGCGAUGGGAGCGGUGGCAACAGCGGAGCCACCACCAACAACGUCUCGCCGAGCAGUGGGCUCACCGCAGGCAACCCCGCCGCCGGCGGCCCGAGUCUGGCUCCGGGCGGUGGUCCCAACGCGCAGCUCUUUAACGACUUCAUGAUGCGCAUGCUCAACGGGAUGUCAAAUAACGCGGACGGCACGCAGCCACCGGAGGUUCGCUACCAGUCGCAGCUGGAGCAGCUGCAAGCGAUGGGCUUCGCCAACCGGGAUGCCAACUUGCAGGCUCUGAUCGCCACCUUUGGGGACAUCAAUGCGGCGGUGGAGCGACUGUUGUCCCUCAACCAGUUAUCCCUGAGUUAACAACGUUAAGCCAUUUCCAAACUGUACACAACCUGUCUAUAUAUCUACGAACUACAUAUAUAUCUACCACUAUAGCCCUGGAGAACGCGAAUGAGAACCACAAAGAGAACACGAUGAGAAAGGGGGACGGGGUCCUUCUCCUAAAAACCCCACACACAAAUUCCACGGCCAGAGCUGCUGAUCGCUUAUUCCCCAUCAAGCCGGGAAUAUCUUGAAUCCUUUAUACACACACAACCACACACACCCCGUGACACAGAUAGACAACUCCACACGAGCAUAGGAGCCUAGAGAACGGAGAGAUAUUUAAAGAUAUGUCGCCGGUAAGAAGGUUAGAUAGAGAUCGCAUACCAAAGUGUCGGCACUUGUGUAGUUCAUUUUUUUUUUUUAAUUGUUUACUUUUCGGGAGCUCACGAGAGAUCUGAAAGCCCUGUAAGACACCUGAGAACCCUUAAAGCGGAAAUGUGUUAGUCUAAUAUCAAUUUGAAUAUGCAUAUAUCCAGCAUAUAUCUUGCACCACACAUACAUUUGAACAGUAACAUUUCAAGCAUUUAACUUUCCUGCGAACUUUAAUGUUUUUCAAUAAAUUUGAACAGGUUUGUGCUAUCGUUUGUCAUUAUUAAUGAACGUACAAUGUUAUUGUGUGCCUGACAGAGAAUCGCGGUGUAGAUCCAAACGCUCGGUGCAGACAUCGGAGCUUCUGGGGAUAGACGUAGAAUCCUGUGGUUCGGUCAGGCAGUCUGGGUCCGUUCGGGUGCUAAUUUACAAUGGUUAGUCAGCACCGCAUCCCUGCUAUGUUGCCUCCCUCUCUCGCAAUGCGAAACUGUUCUUUAAAUUACACAACUGCAAACGGGACAACCUACAGUAGAUAUCGCACAUAUGCAAUGGCUGGAUAAGUGAUACUUGUUUAGAGGCAAAGUGUUUGCAUGCAUUGUGUGAUAUGCUUAAACAGUUGCAUUCAAGCAAUACAAAUAGUAAAAAUGUUUAUUGAUUCAUUAAUAUAAGAGUAAUCUCCAAGUGUUAUUUAUCCUAUCCGUUCAAAAGAAUAAAACUGUACAAAGUUCGUUGCAUAUAGGCGUAAUUUGCAUACAAGGGAUUUGCAUGUUACCGAUAUCUACUGUAAGUUUAUAUGUGUGUAUAUAGGGGUAUAUACAUUUAACAAAAUAUUCCAUGGUGUUAACAAAAGACGUAAAACUAUUUGAAAUUCCUUAGUAAAAGAGAGAAACCCCAAAACACAAUAAUUUUUAUUUUACUCUAAGCAUUCGUAUGCGUAAAACAGACUUUUUGGGAGUUCGGACGGAUCUAGUGAGUUCCCAUUCCCGAUUGCAUCCCUCAAUCAAACACUUUCGAAACGUUUCCUUUCGUGCGCUCACUGUCUAUAUAAAGUAUGAAAUCAAUGUAUACCCUGUAAGUACUAUUACUAUAUAUCGCGGCUCGUCGGAGGGAAGAGUAUUCAGGUGAGCAAACAUCAUCGGGGGAUUGGGUGGGUGGGCAGGUACUGGAGCUGGACCGAUUCGAAAGCGAUCGGAACUACGUUUAUUUGUUUAGUGAAGGACGUGAAACUAAGUAAUUAAAUGUAAAUGAUCACAUGUUUUAAAACAGUAAUAAAGCUACUUUGGUUUUAGAUUAUA